CAUGGAUCCAAGUCAAACCAUGGAUCUAGCUCCAACCAGGGAUCCAAGUCAAACCAUGGAUCUAGGUCCAACCAGAGAUCCAAGUACAACCAGGGAUCUAGCUCCAACCAGGGGAUCCAAGUCAAACCAUGGAUCUAGCUCCAACCAGGCAUCCAAGUACAACCAGGCAUCCAAGUCAAACCAUGGAUCUAGCUCCAACCAGGGAUCCAAGUCAAACCAUGGAUCUAGCUCCAACCAGAGAUCCAAGUACAACCAGGCAUCCAAGUACAACCAUGGAUCUAGCUCCAACCAGGGAUCCAAGUCAAACCAUGGAUGCAGCUCCAACCAGAGAUCCAAGUACAACCAGGGAUCCAAGUCAAACCAUGAUCUAGGUCCAACCAGAGAUUCAAGUACAACCAGGGAUCCAAGUCAAACCAUGGAUCUAGCUCCAACCAGGGAUCCAAGUACAACCAAGCAUCCAAGUCAAACCAUGAUCUAGGUCCAACCAGAGAUCCAAGUACAACCAGGGAUCCAAGUCAAACCAUGGAUCUAGCUCCAACCAGGGAUCCAUGUCAAACCAUGAUGUAGCUCCAACCAGGGAUCCAAGUCAAACUAUGGAUCUAGCUCCAACCAGGGAUCCAAGUACAACCAGGCAUCCAAGUCAAACCAUGAUCUAGGUCCAACCAGAGAUCCAAGUACAACCAGGCAUCUAAGUCAAACCAUGGAUCUAGGUCCAACCAGGGAUCCAAGUCCAACCAUGGAUCUAGCUCCAACCAGGGAUCCAAGUCAAACCAUGGAUGUAGCUCCAACCAGGGAUCCAAGUACAACCAGGCAUCCAAGUCUGACUAUGGAUGUUAGUCCAGCCAGGGAUGUUCUGGACUUUGAAUGGCAUUGCAGUGUUCUGUAUUUCAUGCGUUUAUGCAAUGAAACAGAUAAUGUACACCAUUAGACAUACCGCUACAUAAGGCUGGACCAACUAACCAGCAAUAUAACAGACUUACAACCGGUACUUAUUGUACAU